UGUUGGUUUGGGUGGUAGAGUUGGCCCAUCUGUCAUUUGUCAUUGUAUCAAAAUAAUAAAAUGGAUUGUUAUUAGUUUUGUGGUUGUUUCUGUGAAAGCUAGGACGUAGAUUAGUUUUAAGAUAUUUGUUUUCAUCCUAAUUUCACUAUGAGUUUAAAAUCUACCAACUGGCCACAAUUGCAGUUUUGAAAAUCAAAAAUUCGCGUUUCUAACCUGUAAAUGCUGUGGUCGGGUUCAGGCUAGAUGACGCUUGCGUCUAGUUUAGGGGGUGCUAGGGGGUCCUGAGACUCACCGCCUUAGAAACCCAUACAAAGUAUAUGUGGGAAAAAACGUUCCCGACAGCUCAGGACCCCCUAGCACCCCAAGCACCCCUCUAACUAAACGCAAGCGACAGAUCUUUGUGUGGCCAUUUGUUUUGUUUUCGGACAAGACGGAUUCGCCUUGACAUAUUGGCCUUUCGCAUCCAUGUCUUGACAAAUAGUCGUGGAAGAUCCUCAUUUAAUUCGUCUUCACGACCUGUGUUAUCUUUCUUCUAUUGAAAAUGAGUGUCACUGAAAGAGAGAUCAGAAAUGCCGCGGAGGUUCUGCUAACUGGAAGUUAUUCAAGUCAGUUGCAUAGCCAUAGUCAGCCCCACAGUCAGCCUUCUCCUUAUCACUUUUAUGCAAGUUAUUUACAUGAUGAAGAUAUAUAUGUUGGAAUGAGCCGUAACAACAGAAUGUCUGUCGUAAGAAGGUUCUUCUGUCUCCUGGUUACAUUUGAUCUCUUAUUAACUGGUCUCAUGUGGUUAAUGUGUAUGAUGCUGGUCAGCGGCGGAGAUAUAAUUGUGUCUUUCACCUCACAAGUUGUGCACUACCAUAUAACAUCAUCCCUUUUUGAUAUUGUGAUGGCUGCCAUAUCAAGGUUUACUGUUCUUCUAUUGUUUUAUGGGUUACUCCGUAGCAGCCACUGGUGCGCUGUAGCGAUUUCAACUGCCGGUACUUGCAUAUUUUUGAUAGCAAAAGUUUUUGUUUUUGAUUGGGCUAAGGCCAGCCAACCAACAUUUCAGGUAAUGCUGAUUCUAGUUUCAUUUGUUUUGGCCUGGGGUGAAGCAUGGUUUUUAGACUUCAGAGUUCUCUCCCAAGAAAUGAAAGCAAAAGAAUGUUUACUUUCCUCAACCAUGUAUCAAGAAAGUGAAAGAAAUCCAAUUGUUAGAAAUUAUAUUAAUAAUCUGCCUGGUUCAAGAGACAAUCCAGAGUCUAUAGCUAAUUUUUAUUCUCCUCUGGAAUCCCCCCAAGACUCCGAUGAUGAAGCAGGUAGCAGCAAUCAAUGUACAAGCAAGCCUCUAGAUUACCACAAACAUGCAAAAGAGAUCCUGGAAAAAGCUUGGGUUCUAAUCAAUAGCCCAGAUUGGCAGCUGGAGAAAGAAACAGUAGAGGGUGCUACUGUGCACUCGAAGACUGUACUAAAGGGCUCUAAAGUUUUCCGUCUUACAGCGAAAAUUAAUGUGUCGGCUUCAGUAUUGUUAAGUCAUUUGUUUGAUCAUGUUGGAGAAAUGCCAUCCUGGAAUCCCACUGUGAUUGAGUCAGAGCGUCUAGAGGUUAUUGAUCGACAGACAGAUAUAACAUAUCAAGUGAGUGCGGCUGGUGGUGGUGGUGUGGUUGGUAGUCGUGACUUCGUAGUUCUUCGUCAUUGGGAAAUGAUAGAUGGUUCAUAUGUAUCUGCAAAUGCCUCAGUACCACACCCUAAAAGGCCUCCUGUUAAGAAAUAUAUUAGAGGGGAGAAUUACCCUGGUUGUUGGGUUAUGAAACCUAUUCCUGGGGAGGACAACUGGUGUGUUUUUCAGUGGCUGAUGAAUACCAACCUCAAAGGUUGGCUUCCACAAUACGUUGUGGAUUCUGCUUUCACAAAUGUGAUGUUGGAGUUUUUGGAACAUCUUAAAACCUAUGGAGGGAUGUUAAGUUACAGUUCAUUGCCCAACUCAUUGAAUUAAUGACAAGCUACCAAACAGACAUUAUUACUUUAUUUUAUUAUCUAUGGCUGGAACCCUAUUAUAUCUAUCAUUUAAGGCAGGAAACUUAUGUGAACAGCCAAAUGUAUGUGAUAUCAGUAGUCUCUUUCAUUAAAUACAAGAACUGUGUUUUUCAUGUCUAACAAUCAAGUAGUUUGUGAACGACUAAUACACCUACCUGUAAAUAUGUGAUGUGGAACUUGCAAUUUCUUUCAAUUUCCAUUUCUUUUAAGUGAUCGCUGUGCUGCUUAUUUCCCAAACUUUCGCCAAGAAUUUAGCGUAGAUUUUCAUUUAUACAAUUAUAUUUGUUUGUUUGUUUUUUUUGUUUUGAUUUUGGUUUGUAUAAACAAAUCUCCAAGUACUUGUGAUAUCUAACUUCAUCAGAUUUUUAUCUAUCUAUGUUUUGUAUGUAUAUGUGAUGACAUUAAUUGAUGCAAACCAAUACUUCUGAUUUUGCUUUUACCCUAAAGACUAAUGUUUAUCACAAGAGGUUUUUAUAUACUAUAGAAAAAAUAUUCUAAAAUAAUUUUAAGUGAUGUUUCCUAUUCAAACUAGAAGUUUUAGACGUUCCAAGUAGAGGGUCAGAAAAUCAGUCUCUCUUUUUGUUAAAUCUGUUGUGAGUUAUCAGGUUUUCAACAUUCCAUUUAUUUUUUCUGACACUGAGGUGUGACUUCCUUCCCAACUUAUAGUCUGGUGCAGUUUCUUUAAGUACUUUUGAAGAAACUAAGAUUUUUGUGCUACAUUAAUAGCAAGUCAACAAACUUGAAUCUCCCUCAAACCGGACUCAUCACAUAUUAUAGGUAACAUUUUCCUGAAAUAAAAUUGUUCUUGAGCGUGCCAUAAUCUGUGAGUAAUGAAGUAGGAAGUUCCUUAAUUUUUAUUUUGAGAAAGUCUUAGAUGACAGAUUCUGUCUGUUGUUAAUGAUUUUUAUCUGUACCUCAAAGUGGUGUGUUUUAAAUGACUUAUACUCUAUGUUUUAUUUUGUUUGUUUUUUAGAUUAAACAAACCAAUUGCAGUUAUGAAUGAAUGAACAAUAUGAACGAUUAAAUAAAUUCUUUUAUACAUGUCAAAA